CUUGAUCGAUGAAAAUGAAGGGUGAUCUGGGUGGAGAUAACGAAGGGAGGUUGAGUUUUCUUCUAUAAUUAAACCAAGUCAAACUAACUUCACAAACAUAACAUCCUUCAAUUUUCUCUAUCUGAAUGGUCAAACUCAAGAUAGAUGAUUGCUAUGAAGAGAAAAUUCUGGGUACCCGUGCUGCUCCUGGCGUUUCAUUUUUUCGCCGCUUCUUCUCAGAGCACAACCGGAUGGUUGAACAUAGAUUGUGGGAGUGACACCCCACGCUUGGACGCCAACACCUUACUCUCAUGGGACACAGACAGUGGUUUAAUCAAAUCAGGCAUCAACAAAUAUGUCUCAGAAAAGCAACAACUCGACGAGAUGAACACCGUUCGGUCCUUCCUUAAGGGAAAACAAAAUUGUUAUAAAUUGAAGGUCUACAAAAAAAAGGUGCGCUACUUGAUUCGUGCAGGGUUCUGUUAUGGCAACUACGAUGGUCUCUCUAGUCCUCCAACGUUCGAUCUUCAUCUGGAUGGCAAGAAAUGGACAACCGUCAAAACUUCAAUGAUAGGAGACCCAAUAUAUCGUGAAGCCAUAUAUGAGGCCCGAUCAGAUCAUAUUAGCCUGUGCGUUGUCCGAGUUAAGGAUGGAGGGGUACCUUUUAUUUCUUCAAUAGAGGUUGUUCCAUUGGAGGCUCCAUUUCCUUUGUACCCUAAGAUGCAAAGCAGUCACACUUUCAAUCUAGAAUCUAGGGUAAACUUGGGUGGGGAUGAAGUAAUAAGGUACACAGGAAUCUUAUCAGAUGAAAAGUACAACCGGAUAUGGACUCGUGGAGUAACUCCACCAAACUGCGAUGAAGUCACUACCGAUUCGGAUUCCUCCACAGAAAAUGAGCCUCCUGAUGAGGUGAUCGGCGACUCCAUAGAAUCACAAAAUCUCACUAAUCCGAUAACCUUGUCCGUUGAUAUCUCACAAACGCCAACUCCACAAUCAGCUUACAUUGUGCUCUAUUUCGCCGAAAAGACAUUCCUAGAAGCUGGAGACAUCAGAAUAAUUCAAAUCUACAUCGACGACCAUAUGAAGUCCACAGUGACACUUGAGUUCAACAAAUGCAAGGUGAUCACCAUAUAUCCUGUGAUUCCUGUUGGUCCUAGGAUGAGUGUGACUUUGGCCUCGGACAGUGGUUCCAACCUACCUCCGAUGAUCAGUGCAAUGGAAGUGUUCACAACGUUAGAUAAAAGCUCCGCUCCUAUCCUCCACUGUCGCUUCUUCUGUGCACUCAUUAAUUUCGUAAUUUCUUGUACCUGUUUGUUUCUGUUUUUAGCCUAAGAAGACUCUACCGCUUACAUUUUUUGAACUGAUCGAAGCUUCAUUUAGUUUGGAUUGAAACGUACUACAAUGAGAAUAAGAAUAGUCUUUCUUUUCUCGAGUAUUAUGGAACAGGCAGAAUUUGUAAUUUCCAUUCAAAAUGUUUGGAACAACUUCCGAAUCAAGAGAAUGAUUUUUCUUUGAGAACUCAGCCUCAACUA